UGUGGCUCACAGGCUCUAAAGCGCAGGCUCAGCAGUGGUGGCACACGGGCUUAGUUGCUCCACGGCAUGUGGGAUCUUCCUGGACCAGGGCUCGAACCCGUGUCCCCUGCAUUGGCAGGCGGAUUCUUAACCAGUGCGCCACCAGGGAAGCCCUAAUCCAUUUUCUAUCUGUUUAGAUUUGCCUAUUCUGGACAUUUCAUGUAAAUGGAAUCUUACCAUAGGUGAUCUUUUGCAGCUAGCUUCUUUCACUUAGUACGCCGUUUUCUGAGUUCAUCCAUGCUGUAGCAAGUGUCAGUACUUAAUUCCUUUUAUUUUCCCAGCCCCAGUCCUGGGAUCAACCAUUUGUCCUAGGAAUCCUAGUUCCUUUUAUUGGAGGAUGUGAUAACAGUUUUUAAAAUUAUAUCAUUUUCUUCUCCAUUUGUUUAUUUAUGUCAAUAUGGAUUCAUAGGUUCCUGUUUUAUUCACUGAGUUAUAAUCCAUUAGUAUUGUUAUUUUGAUGUUCAAAUUAUCCUAUGUUUAGCCAGUGGGAGCCCCUCCAAGCCGGCUCUUGUGUUCUUUUCACAUGUCACCACCAUUCUUUGAGCAUUUCCUUACUUUCUGGUAUAAGAGGUGUUCCAAGGUCUUCUUGUACUUCCCCUGACCGCAGUCCUCGAAUCAGCUAUUUCUCCAAGGAGCCCUGGUUUCUUUUAAUGGAGCAUGGGAUUUAGAAGCUAAGAGCUGGGUGCUAGGUGAGCUCACUGCUCCUGGAGUUUUGCUGCUUUCAGCCUUUCUCAGUGGACACAGUUAAGAAGUAUAUAUAAAUAUACCUAUACAUAUAUAUGUAAUACCAAGAUAGAUACAGACAUGCACACACAUAUAUACAUACAUUUAUAUCUAUAUUUCUCUAUUUAUAUUGAAACCUAAGAGUUUCCAUCAAUACCUCUAAUCCCCAUCCAGUAGUACCACACGUUUCAUUCUCGUUCUCAGGCUCUAACAUGCAUAUUUUUAAAGGCUUUGGACACAUAUUCCCAGAUUUUCCUCCAGCAAGCCUAGACCACUUCACACCCCCUGACGUAAGAACACGUGCCUAUUUCCCUACUGUCUCAGCAACAGUCUACAUCCGUACACCUUCUGGUGAGGUACAGACGGUCCUUGUCCAAGAUGGCCCCCCAGCAACAGCUGCGACCACCUCCACCACCACUUGUAGCAGCCCUCCGUCUCGUGCUGCCCAUCUGAGCGGGACCAGCAAAAAGCACUCGGCUGCAAUUCUCCGGAAAGAGCGUCCCCUGCCAAAGAUUGCCCCUGCCGGGAGCAUCAUCAGCCUGAACGCAGCCCAGCUGGCAGCAGCAGCCCAGGCCAUGCAGACCAUCAACAUCAACGGUGUCCAGGUCCAGGGUGUGCCCGUCACCAUCACCAAUACUGGCGGGCAGCAGCAGCUGACAGUGCAGAAUGUUUCUGGGAAUAACCUGACCAUCAGUGGGCUGAGCCCCACCCAGAUCCAGCUGCAGAUGGAACAGGCCCUGGCUGGAGAGGCCCAGCCUGGGGAGAAGCGGCGCCGCAUGGCCUGCACGUGUCCCAACUGCAAGGACGGGGACAAGAGGUCUGGAGAGCAGGGCAAGAAGAAGCACGUGUGCCACAUCCCUGACUGCGGCAAGACUUUCCGUAAGACGUCCCUGCUGCGGGCUCACGUGCGCUUGCACACUGGCGAGCGGCCCUUUGUCUGCAACUGGUUCUUCUGUGGGAAGAGGUUCACACGGAGUGACGAGCUCCAGCGGCACGCCCGCACCCACACAGGGGACAAACGCUUCGAGUGUGCCCAGUGUCAGAAGCGCUUCAUGAGGAGUGACCACCUCACCAAGCAUUACAAGACCCACCUGGUCACGAAGAACUUGUAAGGCCAACUGAGGCGGGAGGCCUCGCAGAUUGCAGACCCCUGCCUGUGUCCUGCCUGGGCCCCUGGAGGAAAGAAGGCCCACGGCUGCCCUGGGCCCGCCCUCGCCCCUCCCUCCUGUUUUGCAACUGUCCCCACAGGAAGGGACUCUACUGCCCCAUACUCACCUCCUUCUGAAGCCCCUUGGCUCCGCCCUGGCCCUCCCCUCUCACCACAAGCUCCCGGCCUGCCCAGACCGUGGACAGUGGCCGUGCCCAAUGAGACGUUCUAAACCAGGACGAGUGGGAACCCUUAUUUCCAAAGGAAAAACAUGAAUUUCACUCCAUCGAGGAGCAAAGUGAGCCCCCCCUCCCCCAAACACUGCCGGAGUCGCAUCGUGCCAUGCCCCUCCCUCUCCUGCACCUCCCUGGCCCCCUCAGCCACUGCGGGUGCCCUGGGGCCCUGCACCCAGGGCACCACUGGCAUCCAGCUCCACCUCCGGAGAGGCUCCAGAGGCCGCCUCCACUCCACAUGCCCCUGCCCCGCCCCAGCUCUCCUCCAGCACAUUCCAACUUUCUAUUUAAAAAGUAAAGCUACCCACGGACUCCCUGAUUCCCCUCUUUUUCUAUGGAGAACGUUGCCUUAUACUCUACUUCCGAUGAUGAACACUGUGUAUUGUGUGUGCUUUAAAGAAGUUUUAUUUAAUUGCUCCCUUCUUCCUGUUCUUGUUACUCACCUCCCCCAUGCCUGCUUUUAGUUUAGGGUUUUUGGGGGGCAAUUAUGAGCAUACGAAUUUUUUUCUCACUCUAGUAAUUCUCUUUUCUAAACGACACAGCAUUUCAACUCGAAUCUGGAUUCAGGUAAAACACCUUCCCAUCCUGAACCUCAUCCCUCGCCCUCAUCUCACCCACCCCAACCAGCCCAAGCCCUACUUGUGUACAGUGUAUAUUGUAUAAUAGACAAUUGUGUCUACUACAUGUUUAAAAACAUAUUGCUUGUUAUUUUUGAGGCUUUUAAAUUAAACAAAAAUUCAACUUUAUUUUUAGUUGUAACUGCUUGAGGUAUGUUUUAUGAAUUAAGUGACAGAUUUGUUAUCCUUUAUUAACGAUGUACUUUGUUGGUCAGCGCUGGGCUGACAAAAAUUUUUUCUGGCUAAUAAAUUUAGUUGCCUGAGGCAAAAUCUGCAA